UUUUCUGACACAUUGGAACGAUCAUGAUGCAUCGGCUACGCUGUGCGGGCUUGAAGGCGACCGUGCCGUGGACUGGGAUGGCAGCGUUGGGAUGUGCAGCUGCCACGGCGGCGUAUUCAAACCCCGCGCUCGCCAAGGCCGCGGUGCCUGCUGCCACCCCAAAAGUGACGCUGUAUCAGUACGAGCCGUGUCCGUAUUGCUGCAAGACGAAAGCAGUGCUCGACUUUCUUAAGGUCCCGUACAACGUCGUGGAAGUCAACCCUGUGACGAAGAAGGAGCUGAAGGCCAUCACGGACUACAACAAAGUUCCUGUGGCCGUCGUAGACGGCGAGGUCGUGCCCAAUUCGUCCGACAUCAUUGCGCGGCUGCAGUCCACGUCCCAGUACGACGCUGUCGAGAAGGAGUGGAACGAAUGGAUCGACAUGAAGCUCGUGGUGCUGAUGCCGCCCAAUAUCUACCGCACGGUGCCAGAAGCGCUCCAAGCGUUCCAGUACUGCCUCAAGGAAGGCAACUUUACAGCGUGGGAGCGUCGCGUGAGCUUGUACACUGGUGCAGCGGCCAUGUACUUCAUCUCGAAGCGGCUCAAGAAGAAGUACGGAUUCGACGACGAGCGAUUGGCGCUGUACGAAGUCACAAAUGGCUGGGUGGCAGCGAUGAACGGCAAGCCGUUUCUAGGUGGCGACCACCCAAACCUGACAGACGUGUCUGUCUUUGGCGUCUACCGGUCUAUCGUCGGCCUGGAUACAUUCCAAGACGUGAUGGCCAACACGGCAUUGGAGCCAUGGUUCACCCGCAUGGCGGAACUCGUCGGUCCGUCUUCCCGUGUCCCCGCCGAACCCACUGCAAGCGACCAAGCAGCGUAGACAGGACCGCUAUCCAAUGUCCACCUAAUGCAUCGAUUGCAGUGUUAUUGUAA